GCACACUCCGGGGCGCUGCAGUGUUUGUGGGAUGGGGCGGCCGGGACCCGCGCGCAGCCCGGAAGUGCCUAUUGUCCUGGCAUUAAUUAAAUCCACAGUGUUGUGCAACCAUCACCACCGUUCAAGACGCUGUCAUUGCCCCAAGUCUAGUGCAAGCGCUCUCCCAUCGCCUAGAGCCCCCGCUCUGGGGCCCUCUGUAUGAGCGACGCGUCAGCCUGCCAUGGAACCUGGCCCUGCGCUGGCCUGGCUUCUGCUCCUGAGCCUGCUGGCUGACUGUCUGAAGGCUGCUCAGUCCCGAGACUUCACAGUGAAAGACAUUGUCUAUCUCCACCCAUCAACUACCCCGUAUCCUGGUGGGUUUAAGUGCUUCACCUGUGAAAAGGCAGCAGACAAUUAUGAAUGCAACCGCUGGGCUCCUGAUGUCUACUGUCCCCGAGAGACCCGUUACUGCUUCACUCAGCACACGAUGGAAGUCACAGGAAACAGCAUCUCAGUCACCAAACGCUGUGUCCCACUGGAAGAAUGCUUGUCCACUGGCUGCAGAGACUCAGAGCAUGAAGGCCACAAGGUCUGCACCUCUUGCUGCGAAGGAAACAUCUGUAACUUGCCACUUCCUCGAAAUGAAACUGAUGCCACAUUUGCCACGACAUCCCCUAUAAAUCAGACAAAUGGACAUCUACAUUGCAUGUCAGUGAUAGUGUCCUGCUUGUGCGUGUGGUUAGGAUUCACGUUAUAGCAGCCCGGCAGCACCGUACACAGCCGUGGUCCUUGGGAUCUUGAUGGUCCACCACCACGCAUGAGUCCCCGGCCUGACAGUUGUUACAUGUGUGAGAACGCUAUGCUCAUGGAGUCCACGGAAGCCACGCGUUACCAUUAGCAUAACCACAAAGACCAAGAGUUGUUUCAGUGCCGUCAUUUCAAGUUGAAACAAGACCCCAUUGAAACUAGCCUGCCUGCAGUAGAAACACUGAAUUCUGUACCACAAACCUUUGUUUUCAUUUCAGAAGAUAUUUAUUGUGAUCUGAGGUUCUUAAUUUAGAAUUCAUGCAUGAGCAGCAGGAGGUCCUGGUAUCCUUUUAGAUGUCAGAAAUAUGUUAUAUAGACACAUGCUUUUUUUUCAGAAGAAAGAUACAGAACCACUGAUUUAAUUGCAAUGGCUUGUUCCCUUAUAGCUUUAGUAGUUUAAAACUUCAAGUCCCAAAGGAAUGGACUGUUUCCUUUGAGAUUCUGGCUGAGUCCUUGGAAGAAUAGUAAACAACUUGUUCCAUUUAAUUUUCUUAGCUUUCUCUCAUUGCUAAGAAUCAUAUUUUCUGUGCUCCAUGUAGAAGGUUAAAAAGGCAAUGGUAAAAUCUUGGUGUAUUUGUGGGGCUGGCUAGAGAAGGAUUUUCCCGGACUUAAUGAAAUGGACAUCCAUAAAGUGGCUAUGUUUAGCCCCUCUCAUGCAACUGAAGAGAUUAGUUUUGACAUGUGGCCUAACUGCUGUAUGAGCCUCCAUUCCACCUGGGACAUUGCUGUUCAAAGAGUCCCAAAUUCCAGGGGGUCAUUUCUCCAGGUACUGGGUUCUGUUCGAGGGUGACUAAUGUAGACAGACACUUCUGGAAUGAAAGGAGGAUUGUGGAGGUCUGCCCAAGUUGCAGCCUCUUCCUCCAGGGCUGCAACUGUCAAAGAGCCCUCUCCUUUCGAAUUCCCAGUGGCUUCAGGGAGAAUGCGCUGCGUUAAAUUGCCUCCAUGUCGAUAGAGAAAAACAGCACAAGAUAGAAGGAUGGGAAAAGGUGUUUGUGAGGCUAGUAAGGAAACCCGGUGAGAAGUUUUUGUUUCUUUUAGAUAUUGCUUUGGAAGUAGUAGAUAGAUUCUUCACAUCCACCUAUAUUUUUGGCACUCAAAGUUAUUUUUCUUCUUAUAAAUCCUUUAAACAGUAUUUAUUUUUGUAUGGCAUAACUGGAACUAAAAUGUAUUCUAAAUAUUCUUUAUUCUGAAAAAAGAUCAAAUUAGAAUACUUAUUUUUCAAUGGCGGUAGAGGUAGAGCUUGUAAUAUAUGUUCAUGGAAAGUUAUCUCUAACACCAGUGUUGAAAAAGUUAUUGUGAGCAAGAACAAUAUGUUUGCCUCAAGAGUUUUGCUCACGGUUUCCUCGGUGAUAUUGUUUCAGGAAUAUUCAAGUGGAGACCAUCACUGGUCAGAAUUUCAGUGCAGGGUUAAGAGGAUCUAUGGAUCUAGGUGGAGCCAGGGGUGAUAAAAGAGAACAAUGUCAUUAGAACCAUCUGACCUGCACAGGAAACUGUCCCUGGCUCAUAAAAUGAGAUCCCUUCAUGGACCAAAUAGGAUGAAAUACCAGUCUCUCUGAUUCAGAGUCAUCUAAAUUGUAUUACAUAGCCUUAAUUCAUAGUUAGGUAGGCUGUUAAUUUGUUACUUAUAAUUGGAGAUGGGAGGGUAGAGAGAGACAAAACAAGACAUUUAUUAAGCACCUCCUAUGUGCCAGGCACUCUGCUAAGCACUUUACAUAGUUAGGUCAUUUAAUCUCUACAAGAACUCUAUAAAGAAUAUUGUAUUUAUAAUCUACAAAUGAAGGUACUAAGGCUCAGAGAAGCUCAGUGGGUGAAGCCCUUUCCUUCAGAUACAGGUACUGUGAAAUGAAGCAGGAUUGAAAAGGAAAGUGGAAUUAUCUUCCUAGGCAAACUUCCAGACCUCACAGCUUGGGAAUUUGUUUAUCUAAUAGCAUGGAGUUGAUCUCAUCCUGCUUUUGUAGGAUGCCAUUUGCAUGUGUCCCCACAUGAUGUCUUCUCUUUGGGAAGCGAGGGUAUAGUUUUCUUAUUCAUCCCUCUUGCUACAAGAGGAGACAGUUGGUGGUGCAUCACAGGAUGCUAGCAGACAACGAGAGUCUGACGUUGUACAUGUCUACAAGUACCAUUUUUGUGCAUGCUUAUGCUCUACUGACAUUUUCUAAGUACUGCAUGCAGUUCUGAGUAGGAGGCAAGGUGACCCCUCAGAGCUUCCCUGGCAGGAUGUGGGCUCAGGGCUAUGAUGGUAAACACCCUUCAAAGUGACUUUGUAAAAAUUCUCUUGAAAUGGUUUGCUUACCAUCCCCAGGCCUCAAGGAGCCAAGGAAGGGCCAUUCAUGUAAAAGAUCCAGGACUUCUCAGCCAUCUGACUUUUCUACCACAUCAAACUUUCUUUUAAGUCUCACCAUUGGUGACAGUUCAAAGUGCUAAGAGCCAUGAUAUGUAUAUUAACCUAUGUGCCACGUAUUUAUUUUUACACUCCCUUCAACAUUCAUGUCAAUAUGACAUUGAUAU